GCGUCAAGGCUUCUUGAAGCAACCAAUUCAUGGUCCAUGCGCAGCUGAUACUUGUACGAACCAACCCUCAAACCAAGACACCCAGGCCAUAAAGUAUGUAUGUCUCAAACUACACACCCCAAGGCCUCAAACCACACUCCAUCCUGUAGUGCCACACUCCAUCCUGUAGUGCUCGUGUCCAGCGAGGAAAGCACAGCAGCUGCAGAUGCACUCGUUCAAGAAAAUACCGACUGCGUAAAGCAGACAAACGGAGGCCAUUCCACGACUGCAGUCGUCCACCGCUGAUGUGAUGUGCUUGUGUCUCCCCUCACCAUCAGUUCAAUGUGUGUGGCUCAGAAGUCCUUUUCCCACUCGUAGAACUUGUCCAGUGCCCCCCCCUGGUCGUCUCCCUCAUCGUCGUCGGCGCCUUUGCCGCCGCCCUGCUCCGCAUCGUCACAGUACACCUCCCCUGCACACAUCGCGAAAGUAGGAAAUGGCAGUCUAUGGGGAAAUAUACUCUAUCUAUUCACCUUUUGGAAUGAGUGGCGGUUUGUACUCGCGACCCAAGAGCUUGUCCCAGUCAAAAUCCUGUGUGCAUCCGUGGCAGGGCGGAUGAAACAUGCACACAUGAACAGGCCGACGCUUUGCGUGCGUCUCUGUGUGUAGUGUGUAGUGUGCCUUCAAGAAGGGGUGCUCUUUGAUGUCGCGGUAGCCGUUGAUCGAACCGCCGAUACGCACCUGAUCCAUCCAUCCAUCCAUCCAUCAUUGGAGGGCGGAUCAUGAGACACGGCCUUGCCACUGUGAGCGCUGUGCCUGUCCUCCCUGUUACUUGUGGAGAUCUGCAGAGGAGUCUCUUCAUGAGGUUGCCGGCCUCGUUGUCGGUCAUGUAGGAGGGAAUGUUCAGUUUGCCCGUCAGAAUGGCCCUGAAGAUCUCCAGCUGGUCCUCCGCGUCGUUGCCGAACGGCAGCGGACCGCACCUAUCAACACACAAGGCCCCGUUGGCAUCCACCCAUCUACCAAAAUGGUCACAUACUUACAUGAACUCAUAGAGACACACGCCAAACGCCCAGUGGUCGGCCGUGAGGGUGUAACCCUUGCCCAAAAUCACCUCAGGAGCCAUGUAAUGGGGCGUGCCCUGCACCACACACGUACAACCACUCUCACCGACCGUCUCAAAUAGAGAGAGGCGAUUUCGUUUUGUGUGUGAGUAUGGAUGUACCACAAGUGUGUAGGAGCGGUCGUGCAUCUUCUUGGCGCAUCCGAAGUCGAUGAGUUUGAUGUACCCCUGGUGGUCCAGGAGGACGUUCUCGGGCUUGAGGUCUCUGUAGGCGAUGUUGCGCUCGUGCAGGUACUCUAUCGCCAGCACCAAAGACGCCAGGUAGAACUGCGCCUGACUGCGGUCUAACAGAUUCAGCUUCCGAACCGCAUCUGCAUGCAAUCGAGUCACGCAUUGCAAUGGGUGCUCGGUGGUUGCGUGAUAUGUCGGCUGACCGUAAAGCUCGCCGCCGGUUACGAGCUCCGUGAGAAAGUAGAGGUACUUUUUGUCCUUGAAUGUGCGGACGAGUUUGACGAUGAAGGGAUGGUCGUUCUCGGCCAUGAUUUCCCGCUCCAGCUUGACGUACUCCUGCUGGUUCAGCUGCAUCACCGUCUUGCGCUUCACACACCUGACACACACGAGAGACAUCAACCACACACUGAUGCAUCCGUGUCUCCCGGGCGCUUACUUGAGAGCGAAUCUGGUGCCAGAUGUGUGUUUCAUGAGCUUGACAGUCCCGAAGGUGCCCUUACCCACAGUCCUCAUAGUUGUCAGGUCCUUGAACUGGAUGUUGGUGUCCUGCAGCUUGAUGCGGUCCUCCAGAUGCUCAAUCAUGGGCCCCUGCACCAGCUCCGUAAACACCGUCUUGCUCACCAGCCACAGCUCCACCUCAGGCGACCGCGCCGUCACAGAGGCCGAUCUCGCCUCGUUGAAGAGCAGCGCACGCUCGCCAAAGUAGUCGUUCUUCCCGCAUGUGCGAAUGUCCUUGCCAUCCUUGGUCACGGUCACCUCUCCGCCUUUGAUGAUGUAGAAGGUGGUUCCGGUCUCGCCCUGCUUGAAGAUGGUGUCGCCCUCGGUCUUCUUGACCGAUGUGAAGGCGUUGAUGAGCUUGUCCAGCUGCUGCUCGCUCAGGUACCGGAAGAUGUAGUUCUUCUUCAUGACGGCACGCUUGUGGUUGUACUCGAGCGUGCUGUUGAUGUCGCUGCCCAGACACUUCUCCAACGCGGCCGAGGUGAAAACGGCUACCUUGCUGGCCCUCUUCGCGUGCGCGCUGUACUGCAGGGUCGUCUUGGGCUUCAACACGUACUCGUCGCCGAAACACUGCCCGCGCGAGAGCUGCAAAGGUGCUGUCUCGCCAGUUUUCUUGACGCCCACCUCCCCCUCGAGAACGAUUAGGAAGCGCACAGUCUUGCCCUGCCCCUCCCCGCCCAUGACGGCCUCGCCCUCUGUGAAGUCCUUGAUGGCGGCCGCCCCCACUACCUUGGCCCGCUGGUCUUCUGUGAACUGCUUGAAGGCCGAACUCGACUGCAGGGCGAUCGACAUGACGUUGCGGAACAACACGUUCUGCAGGUUGCCCAGCACUUGCGCCAGCAGUUCGCGGCCGAUGGACACGCACACGGCGGGGGUUGUGGCCGUGAUGGUGGCAGAACGCGGCUCCUCGUAGAGAAGAGCACGUUCGCCGAAGUAGUCGCCCUUGCCGUGCUCCCUGACGUCUUUCUUCUUGAUAGUGACGGCCAGGGUGCCCUCCUUGACGAUGUAAAGGCAGUCCCCCGCCUCGCCCUUGCGCACGAUGGUGCUGCCCCUGCCGAACGUCUCUACCAUGAGGGCGUUGCAGAUGACGUCUUUCUGCGCGUUGGUCAGGUCCCGGAAGAUCUCAACCGAAUCUGCAAAAUGGAAGACACCAAUGCACGACCGUGUCUCGGCGAGUGCCGAUCUCUCCUUCUUACCGAGAAAGGAUCUGUUUUCGGCGAAGUUGCGGCUGCUGAGCUGCUUGAGAAUGUCUUUGAAGGCCUGCCGCCGGACGCCCCACAGCUGGCCGGCCUGUGCUGUCUUGACCGUCGCUGAUCGCGGGCAGUUGUGGAGGAGCGCAAUCUCGCCGAAUGCCUUUCCUCUUUUCAGCUGGUUGACCGCCUUGCCACCCACCAACACAUCGAACAAACCUGCAUCAGAAAUAUAUCCGGCGAGCAUAUAGGGCUCUGUUUGGUCUCUGACCGCUGUGGACGAUGAAGAAAUGAGAGCCCUUGCUGCCCUCCUCGCACACGAUGUCGCCCGUCUUGUAGUCGAAGAACUGCAUGGCCUUGAUCAGGGCGUCCACCUCGCUCUCGUUCAGACUGCUGCACGCCAGGUUGUUCUUCAGGGCGCUUUUAAUCAUCUCGCUGUCUGCAACACUCUGCUGGCGGGUAACAAGGUGCUUCUCCGUGGCCGCCUCCACCACGGCAUCCUCCACUUCAUCCCGGUGGUGGAUGACGAGCUUCUUCUUCUUGUCCUUCUCGACAAGCCCUGUCACCCUCUGCCCCACCCCUCCGGCGCCCCUGCCCCCCACCACGGCCUUGAGGCUCGGCACAGCCACUUUGGGGGAGGUGGCCUUGGUUGUAGGCGAUGAACGCUCCUUCGGUCCCUGUUCGUGGGUCGGCAUGUCCUCGCAGCGCAGCUUCGGGGUGUGUUCGUAUGUGUCGUCGUUGGCCUGGUCAAUGACAGUCUCCUCUCGCUUGACCACGAGCCCAGCUGGACGGUCAAUUGUGCGGUCGGCAUCAGAACUCGCUGUAACGGGCUGAUUCGCCUUCUUGGCGGUGUAGUGCGCUGAGGAUCGGCUCAGUGACAGGCAAGCUCCCAUGGGGAACUGCUGCUCAUACCGCGCA